CGUGAAAAAACACAAAUAACUUAGACGCCGAAUAGAAUGAUAUAAGAAAUAAUGUUAAACAUAACGAAAUCGGCAUUUUUUCGUAAGUUUCAAGUGCAUAUGUGGCAUCAUUCGAAAUCGUCAUGGGUUGAUUUAAUAACCGUACAAAAUGUUCGGGCAAAAAAGUCAUUUGCCUUUGAACCGCACAUGAAAUAUGUGUUGGAAGCACUGCGAACACUUUUGGCGUGUACCGAGAGUAAAGCAGUUAGUAUAUAUGAUCGCUUUCCAUCGAUUCGUGCAAUCGAAAAAAUUGACUCUGUUGGAUGUAACAUAACACUUUUAAUGAAGAAUGGCAUAUCAUCUGAAACACUAAUUGAAAAUCCGUUUUUACUCAUUAUGACCGAAGAUGUUCUCCAGACGAGAUUGGAUAUUAUAAAAACGCUCGAUUUGACCGAAAGUAUGAUCAAUGAUAUUAGUCCAUUGUUGGAAAUGAAAGAAGAGCAACUGAAAGACGUCAUUGAUUCAAUGAUCAAGGACGAGCUCUUGGUACCAGGUGGCAAUCGAAUUUAUUAUUUUAGUCAAAAAUUAAAAAUUGAACCAAAUGUCGUUGCUAAAUAUUGUGUGAAGAAUAGGCAUUCGCUCGUUGCACCAUUCGACAGUAUCGAUAGAAAAAUACAAAUUUUAUUAGAUUACAACAUAAAACCGCUGACCAUUUUGAAAUCACUAUACGCACUAGAUCGAUCCGAAGAAGUCUACAUUUCGCGUUUGGAGCGUUUAAUGUCGUUACAUAUAAAAGAUGUAAAGAUUUGGUUUUUCAAGUGUGCUGACGACGUUUUUGAUAUGUAUUUGAGAAAAACUCAACAAAAACAUUGGUCCAAAGAACUGGCGGGAGAAAGAAAUGAGAACGAGGAUAAAAUUCAAUCAAAAUGUAUUCGAAAAAUUGAAAUUGAGAAUAAGCUAAAUGAAUUUCUUGAAUGUGAUAGCGAAGAAGCGGCGCACAUUUAUUAUGAACAAAUAUCCAGUUUUGAUCAAAUCGAUAGAGCCAAAGAAAAUAUUGAAUAUUUGAGGUCUCAUGGUGUUUCAUUGGAAAUUCUCACCGGGAAUUCGAUAAUAUUGACCAUGCCCUUGGAACAAUUGCAGCAAAAAAUGCACAUACUCAAUGAUAUGGACCCCAGGCACAUUGAUGACUUUUUACCAUUAAUUUGUGUCGACAAAACGGAACUGGAGAAAUUCAAAAAGACACUAGAGGGACAGGAACUAUACGAGUAUAGCGAAAAUCCAAUUUACUAUUUCAGCGAAAGACUGAAGGUUCAACCUUCUAUCAUUUCAUCGAAUUUCGCCAAAAAUCCAAUAAUUUUCUUGCGUGAUCCACAAAUGUUACAACGAAAAUUGGACAUGCUUCUCGCCUUUAAUGUGGAACCAAAUAGCAUUUUGAAUUCACCCUUAACGUUUCGAAUGAAUUUGAAUAAAAUUGAAAAUCGUUUAAACGAAUUGAAAACUAAUUCAAUUGAAUCGAUAUCUUCAUGGAUGCUCACAUGUACGGUGUCACAACUAAAUACAAUAAUCAAACGACACGCUGAACAAAAGGAUUUAUUGGACGAUUGUAGCAAUGCAAUAGAAUAUUUGGCCAAACAUUUGGAUUGGGAUAGAAAAACGACACAAAAAGCACUGAAAAGUUGUCCGACACUUGUAAAGUGCAACAUCAUAAAAAUUCAAAAACACUUGGACUUUUUGCUCAACGAGACACAUUUCACAAAAGAAGACAUCACUUCAUAUCCAAGGGUUUUUAAUAACAGUUUAGAGACACUUCGAGUUAGAUUUAAUGAAUUGGCGGCCAUAAAAUGUCAUCCAAAGCGAGUAUAUGUCAUUUGCCUUGAAAAAAAGAGAUAUUUAGAAAUGAUUGAAAAACAUUGUCAAUCUGUUGAUGAUAAAAAUGUGUGGGAACAUUUCCGUAAAAUUGAAAAGAGACUAAAGGAGAAAUAAAGA